GUGUCACCUCAAUUUGUGUAAUCCACGGGAAAAUGAGUGAUUUCGUUCAGUGCACUAUAGAUGGCGUCAUUGACCGGAAGUUAAAAACCGAAUAUAUCAGAAUGGGGGUCUUCGAAUCUCUCGAUUUUUUGGAUGAUGUGCGGCGUAUGAACCCAAGACAGUUGUACUACCAGGUGCUUAACUUUGCUAUGAUAGUGGCUUCAGCUCUGAUGAUAUGGAAAGGUCUAAUGGUAGUCACAGGAAGUGAGAGCCCAAUUGUCGUUGUGCUUAGUGGAAGUAUGGAGCCAGCAUUCUUCAGAGGAGACUUGCUGUUGCUAACCAACCAUGAAGAAGAACCAAUCAGAGUUGGCGAAAUUGUAGUCUUCAAAAUAGAAGGAAGGGAUAUUCCUAUAGUUCAUAGAGUUUUAAAGGUUCAUGAAAAAGAGAAUGGAAAAGUGAAAUUCCUUACCAAGGGGGACAAUAACAGCGUAGAUGAUAGAGGACUUUAUGCUCCAGGACAAUUAUGGCUAGAGAAAAAAGAUGUAGUUGGUAGAGCUAAGGGAUUUGUACCAUAUGUAGGCAUAGUUACAAUACUAAUGAAUGACUAUCCUAAAUUCAAGUAUGCAUUAUUAGCUUGCCUUGGACUAUUUGUGCUGAUACAUAGAGAAUAACACAUGAUCUCCAGGAAUAGCCCACAUACAUAUAGUACCACCAAGAUCUUCACUUAGAGCAGUUACAAAUAUCAUUAUAACACAAAGGAGACAGCUAUAGAUACUACAACUCACCACAAAUAAAUCCCUAUAACUCGCUAGGAACAGUUAAAAUGGAUAGACAUGUAUUUACAAGCCACCAGAGCAGUUACAAUAGCUCACAGGGAACAGUAACAAAUAUCUCCACAACUCAUGUUCAUAAGGUUUUGUAAAAUUCUCUUUGUA